UCAGUCAACACUGUGGAUUGACCAUAGAGCCACUGCAGAAAAUUUUGGUGUCAACUCUUCGUGUGACCAUUGUGUAAAACUGGCUCACCAAUUUUGGAUUUCGUAUCACCCGCCUACCGGGGCGAAGCACACAUCCAGCGGUGAUGAGACUCCGCCAAUACCGGAAGAGGAAUUGGAGCAGCAGAAGAUUGAGCACGAACGUCAAAUGCAGAAGGAAAAGGAAUGCCAAGCCCGGGAGGCUGAGGAGGACCGGAAGCUGGACAUAGAGUUACUGCACCAGCGGGCCAUUGAAGCGGAAGCCGAACAAAAAAGGGAGAUCGCCGAGGCGGCAGGGGCGGUGCGCGGCAUGAACACGUCGUGGUCGCACCACGGGCUGUGCGAGCUGCCGCGCAUGGCGACCAGGUGGCGCCACAGUCGACCCUCCAUACCGGAUACCCAUUAUAGAAACAUGCUGAAAAAGGCGUGCAGUGCUCAGCUAACAACACCUCACUCUAUACAAAGCAUCACGGAGUGCGACAAUUGGAUCAACCUAUCCCGGCUGGGGACUCGCAGAGAAGAGUCUAUAGACAGCGACGUGUGCGAAGCGUCAGCUUGCGAGGCGGCCGCGGACGCCCGCACCUGGCGCUCCUCGGCUAGCGACGUCUGCCAAAUGCGGAUCGACCGGGAGCGAGCACCGUCAUGUCCGGGGCAAGUUCACCUAUGUCGUGCUCCAAUUGCAUCCCUGGAUUGCAUGGAUGAUUUCAGCGCAAAUUCUCAGCAGAUGCUAGAUCAAGCUGGAGAAAUCAGUGUGUCUCGGCAUAUGUCCACGUAUAUGGGAAAUCACGCCAACAUGCCUUCUGUGGUGACUCCUGGAUUACGCUACAAAAACCUGGGCAAAUCUGGUCUGCGCGUGCCCAAUAUUGGGGUGGGCAUCUGGACUAUGCUCAACGAAGAUUACGCGGAAGACAUUAUAUUGACUGCCUUGGAGAAUGGUAUAAAUCUAUUCGAUUUGUCGGAAGCUCAUUGCGCAAAAGGCGAAGCUGAACUAGGGAGGAUUCUAAAGAAAAUAAACGUUAGACGAACGAGUAUUAUAAUAACGACAAAGAUCUACUGGAGUACCAAGUCGGAUGAGAGAGGUCUAUCCAGAAAGCAUAUAAUCGAAAGCAUUAAGGCGUCACUUGCUAGACUACAGGUGGAAUACAUUGAUGUGGUGCUCUUGCAUAAGGUCGACCCUGUAUGCCCGAUGGAAGAAUUGGUACGGGCUAUGAAUUUUGUCAUAAACCAAGGGUGGGUAAUGUAUUGGGGAACGGCUCGUUGGUCACCUGCUGAGAUAAUGGACGCCUACACAAAUUGCAGACAGUUUAACUGUAUCACUCCGAUAGUAGAGCAAACCGAAUACCAUAUGUUCUGCAGGGAAAAACCAGAAUUGUACAUGCCUGAAUUAUACCAUAAAAUAGGAGUAGGAAUGAUGGCGUGGUCGGCCAUAACGACUGGCAAAGGGCUGGGCCGCGAGGAGAUCACGGGUCUCUUCGCCAAGUCUCGCUUCAACAGGAAAUACAGCACGUUCAGCUGGUGCGAGGAGGACCUAGCUGUACCUGAUAUGCGAAGCUCCGGGAGUAAGGAGCAGGUGACGGGCGAAGAACCCCGGACAUAUGGAGACAAGUUACGAGACCUGUCAAAUCUUGCAAACUCACUAAAUUGUUCGAUGAGUCAACUGGCCGUGGCGUGGUGCUUGAAAAAUGAAUCAGUCAAUUGCCUACUGUUAGGCGCCACCAGCGUGGAACAGUUUAAAGAAAACAUUCACGCGUUACAGAUUGUCCCACAAUUAACGCCCCUAGUUAUGGCUGAAAUCGAAAGGCUACUAGCAAACAAACCACAAAGGCCGCCCAUGGUGUCUACGCUGGCCAUGCGGAACCAACAGAACAAUAACACUGUGCGAGUCGAUAUGACCGGCGCAACGUCUGGGACGGGGUCGCCUAAGCCCGAAGGCGAGGCGAUCGAGGGCGAGGCCUCCACCCCCGGAAAGGAGCCCGGGAGAGGCUUUUGUGAGAUUCAGUGACCGUGGUGGCGCGGAAGCACUGACUCUGCUUCCAAAUCUAGUAAAUCAAAGGAAUCGCUUAAGGAAUCCAAGCCAAAGUUCUUUUUGAAUAAUGCGGGUGAAGUCAUCAAGCGAACAGAGCAAGACGGCGUGUCGACGGACGUGGUGGUGUCGGUGUCGUCGCUGAAAGGCAAGCAGCCGGCGUCGGGCGGCAGCAAGGUGAAGAAGUCCAAGUCGGAGCCGGCGCGCGCGCGCUCCUCGUCGCUGCAGCGCUCC